AUGGCGCCCAGCAGCACUGACAGUGAGAAGGAUAGGCCUCUCACACCCACCGAUCUAAAUGCUGUCACCACGAGCUCCCUCAAGGCUCUUCAGUCAGCGGAUCAGCGUAAGGUUAUGGACAUCGUCGAUAAGUUGCGCCGCACCGGUCUCAGCGGUAUUGUGGAGCUACCUCAGCUUGUAGUUUGCGGCGACCAGUCAUCCGGCAAGAGUUCUGUUCUCGAGGCUAUCACCGAGAUCCCUUUCCCGCGGAAGGAGAAUCUUUGCACUAGAUUUGCUACUGAGAUCAUUCUUCGACGAUCGCCUGCAGCUACUAUCUCUAUUACAAUCACGCCAGACAAGCUUCGCCCAAGCGAAGAGCAAGCAAAGCUGAAGAAGUUUCGCAAAUCUAUCGAGGACUUCAGUCAGCUGCCCGACAUCAUCGAUGAAGCGACGCAAGAGAUGGGCUUGGGCGUUGUUGGUGGCAUCAACUCACGAGCGUUUUCUCGCGAUGUCCUAUCCGUCGAGAUAACCGGUCCUGAUCGACCUCAACUUACGCUUGUUGAUCUUCCCGGCCUCAUCCACGCAACCAACAAGUCCCAGACCGAAGCUGACAAAGAGCUCAUUCUUAACCUUGUGAAAGAGUACAUGACGAACCCUCGCACUAUCAUCCUUGCUGUGAUCAGUGCCAAGAACGACUUUGCCAACCAAGUUAUCCUGGAACAUUGUCGCAAGAUCGAUGAGCAAGGUCGCCGCACGCUCGGCAUCAUCACCAAACCUGAUUAUCUUCGUGAAGGCACAGACAACGAGCAGAGCUGGAUUGAUCUCGCACAGAACAAAGACAUCUUUCUUGAGCGCGGAUGGCACAUGCUUAAGAACAGAGGCGACGACCAGAUGAGCUUUUCUUUCGAACAGCGCAACGAAGCCGAGAAAGUCUUCUUUAGCAAGGGCCGUUACGUUGACGUGCCACGUGAUAAUGUUGGCAUUGACACCCUCCGUGAGCGACUGAGCAGGCUGCUGCUCAACCAUCUCAUCAGGGAACUCCCAUCACUCAAGGACGAAAUCGCUAGGAAGCUCGAUGCCACGGUCGACGAGAUUGAGAAGCUUGGUGAAAGCCGCAAGACCACCAAGGAGCAACAGAUGGUGCUCAUGAAGAUUAGCAUGCAUGUCAACGACGUUCUCACGUCAGCUACCAAAGGUUACUACGACUCGUCUUUCUUUGGUCCUGUGGAUAUGGAUGCUGCUGUCGAUUCUCACGAGAACAUCCGACGAUUCCGGGCGGUCGUUCAGCACUCAAACAUCACCUUCGCAGAGGACAUGCGUUUGAAAGGCCACAAGUUUGCAUUCAGUCAAGGACCUGGUGAUGACGAGCGCGAUACAGAAGAAGAGCUAGAAGCAUUGAAGGAAAUUGAGCGUCUCGAGCUUAACGAUGUCUUGGUUUCUCCAAAGCCUAAGCAACUUAGCCGUGAGGAGGCUGUCCAGUGGGUUCAAAAGACCCUGGAACGGACUCGUGGCUAUGAACUGCCUGGCACGUUCCAGCCCAUGUUGAUCUCCCAGCUCUUCUGGGAACAGUCAGCCCCUUGGGAGGAAAUCGCAUCGGACCACAUCAGCAAGGUUGCUCGUGAUUGCAAGGCAUUCGUUUUCGAGGUCCUGAAGCACACCGCGCCCGCCGAGUUUCAAGGCCGUCUUGCUGUCAUCAAUAUCGAUGCUGCUCUCGCCAAGUCUCUGAAGAAGGCAAAGAAGGAGUUGAGCAAAGUCCUCAAGGACAAGGCUCGUCAUCCUAGCACGUACAACCAUUAUUUCACCGAUACCAUCCAGAAGACUCGCCAGCGCAAGCACCAGAAGACAUACAAAGAUGCAGAGGAAGCUUCUGAAGUUUCAGUGACGGAGUUCCACACCAGGGCCCCUAAGACCUACGCUGACAAAGGCAAACUCGAAGCUGCCGUGAACGCGUCCAUCGAGAAAGACAUGGACAAGUUUUCCGCCCAAGAAGCCCUCGACACGCAACGCGCCUACUACAAAGACGAGCUCAAGUACUUCGUCAACGCGGUUGCCAAAACCGUCAUCGAGCGCCACCUGGUCGAGCCGCUACCCGACAUCAUCCUCUCGCCCGUCGCCGUCACCCAGAUGACCGACGAGGAAAUCGAGUUCCAGCGCGACCACCUCGAGAACAGGCGGGUGAUGCUGGAGAAGGGCAUGGAGACUUUCCGCGAGGCGAUGGGAGGGCUUAGGCGCUAA